AUGAAUCCCUACAUAUAUGCGGCUUCAUGUGAAGGGGAAAACCAAUCAGAUUGCAGCAUUAAUCCACAGAUACAGGGAACAGACACACCUACUCCCAGCACGGAGUUGUAUAACUGUUCUGAGUGCCAUAAACAUUGUAAAACUAAGGUCGGUUUUCUCAAGCACCAGAAAACUCACACAGGGGUAAAAUCAUUUGUCUGUUCUGUGUGUGAGAAACGUUUUAAGUGGCAGUCACACCUUAUUUUACAUCAGAGGAGUCACACAGGGGAGAAACCGUUCUCUUGUUCUGAAUGUGGGAAAAGGUUUACCCGGCAUGUACAUCUUAUUGAGCAUUACAGAACCCACACAGGAGAGAAACCCUAUUCCUGUUCUGACUGUGGGAAAAGUUUUUCACACAGUUCAGAUUUCAACAGACACUGCCGAAUUCACAGACUAGAGAAAUUAUGUAUUUGCUCCCAAUGUAACAAACAGUUCUCGUCUCACUCAGAGCUUAUUGUGCAUCAAAGUAGUCACGUGGGAGAGGGACAAUACCCUUGUUUUGAAUGUGGGAAGCGUUUUAAACGUCGCUCAAAACUUACUGUACAUCAGAGAAGCCAUACCGGAGAGAGACCUUAUUCAUGUCCCGAAUGUGGGAAAGACUUUAAAGAUCGUUCGACUCUCCGUGCCCAUCUAAGAAUCCACACGGGGGAGAAACCAUUCACUUGUUCUCAGUGUGAGAAACGUUUUACUUAUCGUUCGGAUCUUAAUAGACACCUGGCACUUCACAAAGGAGAUAAACCAUUUUGUUGUUCUCAGUGUGGGAAAUGUUUCACUUAUUGCUCAGAUCUUAACAGACACCUGAAAUCUCAUAAAGGAGAAAAACCAUUUGCUUGUUCUCAAUGUGGGAAAUGUUUCAGUUCUACCUCAGACCUUAAUGUGCAUCUCAGGUCUCACUCUGGAGAGAGACCGUACUCUUGUUCUGAGUGUGGGAAAUGUUUCAAACAUCCUUCGCAUCUUACUACGCACCAAAGAAUUCACACUGGGGAGAAACCAUUCACUUGCACUGAAUGUGGGAAAUGUUUCAGUGAUCGUGCUGGCCUUAAUUCUCAUAAAAGAAUUCAUACAGGGAAGAAACCAUUUGCUUGCGAUGAAUGUGGGAAAUGUUUCUCUGAUGGUGCAGGCCUUAGAUACCAUAAAAAAAUUCACACAGGGGAGAAACCAUUCAGUUGUACUGAAUGUGGGAAAUGUUUUCGUGAUCGAGCAGGCCUUAAGUUCCAUACAAGAAUUCACACAGGGGAGAAACCAUUUGCUUGCAAUGAAUGUGGGAAAUGUUUUAUGUAUCGUUAUCAGCUCACUGCACAUUCCCAGUUACACACAGGGGGGGAACCAUUGCCUGACAGUAACUGUACUGAUACACAGGUCGCAAGCGUCAGAGAAGCCCGCUCCUACACGCGGCGCAACGCCGUUACGUUCCUGACGGUGACGUCACUGCUAUCCUCAGUGGAUAGAUUUAAUUUUUUUGUAGACUUCGGACUAUUUAUCAGGAGGCUCUCUAUCAAGAGAUUCUUUAAUAUUAAUAACUCUAAGAAACUGCAGACAUCCCAAAGAGGGGAGCCGGUACCGAAAGAGGGAAUCCUGAAUCUCACACUGGAGAUUAUCUAUCUGCUGACUGGAGAGGGCUACGUCAUCCCUAAGAAGAAGAGCCCAACUGUGGGUUUGGGGGCCCUGCAUGCCCCUGGCUCCGUCAUACAGAAGGAAAAUGACAAGAAGAUCCUGGAACUCAUCUCCAACAUCAUCCAGCUGCUGACUGGAGAGGUUGCCAUAAGGUGUGAGGAUGUUUCCAUCUAUUUUUCCUUGGAGGAGUGGGAGUAUAUAAAAGGAAACAAGGCCCUUUACAGGGAAGGGAUAAAGGAGGAGGAGGAGGAGCCCCAGCAGCUCCGCCCACUGGACGGUGAAUAUGAAGAUAAGAGAGAGAUUCCAGCUGAUCUGGGAGGAACAUUAUGUUAUAAUAAUGAGCCAAGCAAGAUUGGGGCUGAAGGAGCAGAUUGUUGCGAUGAUGGGAAUCUCACAAACCCUGAAUUUUCUCCAGUGGAACAGCCCCCACCAGCCAAUGGGAUUAAAGAAGAAUUGGCUUUAUGUGAAGGAGGAAACCAAUCAGAUUGCAGCAUUAAUCCACUUACAGAAGACAUACAGGGAAUACAUACUCCUCCUGUUAUCAUGGGGUGCAGCGGCAAUGACAGUUCAUUUGCUGUUUCAAUAACAGACAGUACCGGAGAGGAGCCAAGUUCAUGGAUAGAGGGAAACCAUUCAGAUGGCACAAUUAAUAAACAUACAGAGCAGAUACAGGGAACAGACACACUUACUCCCAACAAGGAGACGUAUAACUGUUCUGAGUGCCAUAAACUUUUUCGUACAAAGGGCGGUCUUCUCAAGCAUGAGAAAACUCACACAGGGGUAAAACCAUUUGUCUGUUCUGUGUGUGAGAAAUGUUUUAUGUGGCAGUCAGACCUUAUUUUACAUCAGAGAAGUCACACAGGGGAGAAACCAUUCUCUUGUUCUGAAUGUGGAAAACGUUAUGCUCGUCGCACACAACUUAAUAUGCAUUUCAGAACCCACACAGGAGAGAAACCAUUUUCUUGUUCAGACUGCGGGAAAUGUUUUUCAUGCAGUUCAGACUUUAAAAGACACUGCAGAAUACACAGAAGAGAGAAAUCAUGUACUUGCUCCCAGUGUAUAGAAAAUCACACAGGGGAUGGACCAUUCUCUUGUUGUAAAUGUGGGAAACAUUUUAAACGUCACUCACAACUUACUGUACAUCGGAGAAGCCAUACUGGAGAGAGACCUUAUUCAUGUUCCGAAUGUGGGAAAGACUUUAAAGAACGCUCGAGUCUCAUUGCACAUGCAAGAUUUCACACAGGGGAGAAACCAUUCACUUGUUCCCAGUGUGAGAAAUCUUUCACUCAUAGCUCAGAUUUUCAUAGACACCUGAGAUUUCAUAAAGGUGAAAAACCAUUUUCUUGCUCUCAGUGUGAGAAAUGUUUCACUAAUCGAUCCGAUCUUAACAGACACCUGAGAUAUCACAAAGGAGAAAAACCAUUUGCUUGUUCUCAGUGUGGGAAACAUUUCAUUUCUAUCUCAGACCUUAAUGUGCAUCUCAGGGUUCACACCGGAGAGAGACCGUACUCUUGUUCUGAGUGUGGGAAAUGUUUUAAACAUCCCUCACAUCUAACUACGCACCAAAGAAUUCACACAGGGGAGAAACCAUUUACCUGCUCUGAAUGCGGGAAAAGUUUUAGAGAUCGCUCUUAUCUUACUGUCCAUCACAGAACUCACACAGGGGAGAAACCAUAUCUCUGUUCUGAAUGUGGGAAAUGUUUUAUAAAUCGUGCAGGCCUUAGAUUGCAUAAAAGAGUUCACACGGGGGAGAAACCAUUCACUUGUAUUGAAUGUGGGAAAUGUUUCCGUGAUGGAACAGGCCUUAAGGUCCAUAAAAGGAUUCACACAGGGGAGAAACCAUUCACUUGUACUGAAUGUGGGAAAUGUUUUAGUGAUGGCACAGGCCUUAGAUUCCAUAGAAGUAUUCAUACGGGAGAAAAACUAUUCACUUGUGCUGAAUGUGGGAAAUGCUUUAAGCAUCGUUCCCAGCUCACUGCACAUUCCCAGUUACACACAGGGGAGGAACCAUUGCCCGACAGUAACUGUACUGAUACACAACAGAUCCUUAUGCGAAGCCGAGGGCCAGUAAUGUUCCGAGCAAAUAACCACAGGCAGACGGUCAGUCCCUCCCACAAGGAGCCAAUGGGAAUGUGGGAGGAAGCGAGUGACCCAGUGAUGGGGAAGAAGGAUAAAAAUGAGGAGCGGAAGGAGAGAAUCCUGAAUCUCACACUGGAGAUUAUCUAUCUGCUGACUGGAGAGGGCUACGUCAUCCCUAAGAAGAAGAGCCCAACUGUGGGUUUGGGGGCCCUGCAUGCCCCUGGCUCCGUCAUACAGAAGGAAAAUGACAAGAAGAUCCUGGAACUCAUCUCCAACAUCAUCCAGCUGCUGACUGGAGAGGUUGCCAUAAGGUGUGAGGAUGUUUCCAUCUAUUUUUCCUUGGAGGAGUGGGAGUAUAUAAAAGCAAACAAGGCCCUUUACAGGGAAGGGAUAAAGGAGGAGCCCCAGCAGCUCCGCCCACUGGACAGUGAAUAUGAAGAUAAGAGAGAGAUUCCAGCUGAUCUGGGAGGAACAUUAUGUUAUAAUAAUGAGCCAAGCAAGAUUGGGGCUGAAGGAGCAGAUUUUUGUGCCGACGGAAAUCUCACAAACCCUGAAAAUUCUCCAGUGGAACAGUCCCCACCGGCCAAUGGGAUUAAAGAGAAAGUGGCUUCAUGUGAAGUGGGAAACCAAUCAGAUUGCAGCAUUAAUCCCCUUACAGAACAGAUACAGGGAACAGACACACCUACUCCUAUCAUGGGGUGUAGCCUGAAUAACAGCUCGGCAGAUACAUUUAUAUUAAAUGGUAUUAAAGGGAAAGCAACUUCAUGGGAAGGGGGAAACCAAUCUGAUUGCAGCAUUAAUCCACUUACAGAACAGAUACAGGGAACAGACACACCUACUCCCAAUACAGAGACAUAUAACUGUUCUGAGUGCCAUAAACACUUUAGAACUAAGCCCGGUUUUCUCAAGCAUCAGAAAACUCACACAGGAGAAACACAUAGCCACUACAAAAUACACACAGGAGAGAAAUCAUUCCUUUGUUCUGUAUGUGGGAAAUGCUUUGCUCGUCGCGCUCAUCUUACAGAGCAUCACAGAACUCACACAGGGGAGAAACCCUAUUCUUGCUCUGAAUGUGGGAAACGGUUUUCAUAUCGUUCACACUUAAAUGUCCACUUCAAAAUACACACAGGAGAGAAGUCGUUCCUCUGUUUUGCAUGUGGGAAAUGUUUCGCUCGGCGCGCACAUCUAACAGAGCAUCACAGGACUCACACAGGGGAGAAACCGUAUUCUUGCUCUGAAUGUGGGAAAUGUUUUUCAUCUCGUUCACUCUUUACUAAACACUACAGGAUACACAGAGGAGAUAAACCAUUUAUUUGUUCUCCAUGCGGGAAACAUUUUACAUUUCACUCCGACCUUAUAGCGCAUCAGAGAAUUCACACAGGGGAGAAACCAUUUUCUUGUACUGAGUGUGGGAAAAGUUUUCAAAAGCGUCAACAACUUAUUGUGCAUCUCCGAACCCACACGGGAGAGAAACCGUUUUCCUGUUCUGAAUGCGAGAAAAGUUUCAUAGAUCGCCCGCGUCUUACGGUACAUCUUAGAACUCACACGGGGGAGAAACCAUUCUCCUGUUCCGAUUGUGGGAAACGGUUCAGUAACCACGCUGGCCUUAGAAUCCACAAGAAAUUUCACACAGGAGAGAAACCGUUUUCCUGUUCUGAAUGUGGGAAAUGUUUCACCCAUCGCACAGACCUUACUGUACAUCUCAGAAUUCACACAGGGGAGAAACCAUUCACCUGCACUGAAUGUGGAAAAUGUUUUGCUCGUCACUUUCAACUUACUGUACAUUCCAGGUCACACAAACGAGAGAAACCAGUUUCUGAUAAUAACUGUUGUAAGGUACAAUUGUAACACAAUGACUACGUUCCCAAACUAAGAUUCCUUAUGAUAAAAGUAUGCAUGAUCUUCAAUAAAGUUUUAAAGCUUAAGGCUGCA